GAUCCCCACAUCCCCAUGCCCUGUAUCCACCUCCCAUGGUUGGGGUCCCCCCCUGCCCGUGACCCCCAUUCCCUGCUCACACUGAAGGCUGUUCUGUUCCUCCCCAUCUCCUUCUCUUUCUCUCAGUGCGUCUUCGAUGACCUCAGUGGCUCCGUGUCCCUGUCCUGGGUGGGCGACAGCACUGGGGUCAUCCUGGUGCUGACCACGUUCCAGGUGCCCUGGGUGAUUGUGAUCUCUGGGCAGUCCAAGCUGUACCGCAGUGAGGACUAUGGGAAGACCUUCAAGGACAUCACCAACCUCAUCAACAACACCUUCAUCCGCACCGAGUUCGGCAUGGCCAUCAGCCCUGAUAACUCGGGGAAGGUCAUCCUGACGGGUGAUGUAUCUGGUGGCAGUCGCGGCGGCCGCAUCUUCCGCUCGUCUGACUUUGCCAAGAACUUUGUGCAGACGGAGCUGCCCUUCCACCCCCUGGCACAGAUCUCGUACCACCCCCAGGACUCCGACCGUCUGCUGGCGCUCAGCACUGAUAACGGCCUCUGGGUCUCCAAGGACUUUGGGGAGCACUGGGAGCUGAUCCACAAGGCUGUCUGCUUGGCCAAGUGGGGUGCAAACAACACCAUCUUCUUCACCUCCUACCUGAACGGCUCCUGCAAAGCUGACCUGGGCUUCCUGGAGCUGAAGAAAACCACCGACUUUGGCAAGACCUUCAAAGUGAUCGGCACCAAGAUCUACUCCUUCGGGCUGGGCGGCCGCUUCCUCUUCGCCUCCGUCAUGACCGAGAAGGGCUUCACGCGGCGCAUCCACGUCUCGCUGGACCAAGGGGAGAGCUGGAGCAUGGCACAGCUGCCCUCCGUCGGCCACGAGCAGUUCUACUCCAUCCUGGCAGCCAACGACGACCUGGUGUUCAUGCAUGUGGAUGAGCCAGGAGACACCGGCUACGGCACCAUCUACACAUCAGACGACCGCGGCGUGGUUUAUUCCAAGUCCUUGGAGCGUCACCUCUACACCACAACCGGGGGGGAGACCGACUUCACCAACGUCACCUCUCUGCGCGGCAUCUACAUCACCAGCGUGCUGUCUGAAGACAACUCCAUCCAGUCCGUCAUCACCUUUGAUCGAGGUGGGGAGUGGGUUCCGCUGCGUAAACCCAAGAACACGACGUGCGACUCGACGGCGCGCAGCAAGGAGGAGUGCAGCCUCCACAUCCACGCGUCCUACAGCAUCUCUCAGAAGCUCAACGUGCCCAUGGUGCCGCUCUCUGAACCCAACGCCGUCGGCAUCGUCAUCGCCCACGGGAGUGUCGGGGGGGCCAUCUCAGUGAUGAGCCCUGAUGUCUACAUCUCGGAUGACGGGGGGUACACGUGGGCACGGAUGCUGGAGGGUCCCCACCACUACGCGAUACUGGACUCGGGUGGUCUCAUCGUGGCCAUCGCACACAGCAGCCAGCCUGUCAAUGUGCUGGAGUUCUCCACAGACGAGGGGCAGUGCUGGUACCGCUACACCUUUGCCAAAGAGCCCAUCUUCUUCACUGGGUUGGCAUCAGAACCCGGCGCCCGCUCCAUGAAUGUCAGCAUUUGGGGCUUCCGCAGCAGCUUCCUAUCCCGAAAGUGGGUGUCCUACACCAUUGACUUCAGCCAACUGCUCAGCCGCAGCUGUGAGGAUGAGGAUUACACCAUCUGGCUGGCGCACUCCAGCGACCCCCGCGACCCGUCGGACGGCUGCAUCCUGGGCUACAAGGAGCAGUUCCGCCGGCUGCGCAAGUCCUCGGUCUGCCAGAACGGCCGCGACUACGCCGUGACAGCGCAGCCCUCUGUGUGCCCCUGCACCCUGCACGACUUCCUCUGUGAUUUUGGGUAUUACCGCCCUGAGAACCAGUCUGUGUGUGUGGAGCAGCCCGAGCUGAAGGGCCACGACUUGGAGUUCUGCCUCUAUGGCCGCCGGGAGCUGCUGCGCACCAGCGGGUACCGCAAGAUUCCAGGGGACAAAUGCAGUGGAGGUGAGAGCCCCAGCAGGGAGGAGACAGACAUGAAGAAGAAAUGCACCAGCACUCUGCUGAGCCCUGGGCAGCUGGCGGUGGCCCCCAGCCCCACACCCAUCGUGCUGGCCGUGGUGGCCGUGCUGCUCGUUAGUGCUGUGGCUGCUGUGCUGCUCAUCAAGAAAUACGUCUGUGGUGGGAGGUUCCUGGUCCAUCGUUACUCCGUGCUGCGGCAGCACGCUGAGGCCAGCGGCACCGAGGGGUUGGAGGCAGCAGAUCCCCCCUCACCACCCUACAAAGGGGGGGGGUACCACGAUGACUCGGAUGAGGACCUGUUGGAGUAGCAGCAACGCUGGGACGGCAGGAGCUGCACUGUGGGGCAGGCAGGGCUGGGGGGGCUGUGCUGGGGGGGGCACACAGCAGCAUGGCAUCAGCUCACCCCAGGGGCUCUUUGCAGCUGGGGGGGGGGGUCAGUUUGCUUUUAUUUCAUCUUCUUUUUUCCCUUGGUUUUGUUCUUUCUUUUGGGGGGAGUGGGCAGGGGGGGUCCCUUUUUGGAGGGGGGUAUUUGGUAUUUUUAUGGGGUUUUUGUCUUGGUUUUUGUUGGUCUUUUCCCCUUGGUGCCCCCAGGCUGCAGGGCUGUGCCCCCCCCCAGCCUGCAGCACCCUUGGGGUGCCCCCCGCUCCCCACCCCAACAUGGGGACCCCCAAGCAGCAGCACAUGGGAUGCAGGGGGUGGGGGCUCCCCCCAUUCUCCAAAGCAAUAUACACUGCUGUGUGUGUGGGGGGGGUCCUCCCAGCCUUAUCCCCCCCCCGGGGCUGCCCUUGGCCGAGGGAAACGUAGCAAUAAUGAAUUCAGGCUUGAAGCUUUUUAACGAGGGGCUGGGGGGGGUGUUGGUCCCUGUCCCCCCCCUUUGCCCCCCCCCCCUCCCCAGCUCUGCUUUCACCCCGCCAGGUUUCAGUCCCAGCACUGUCACUGUCUCCUUACACUGGAAAUCCCCUUCCAUGGGAUGGGGGGGGGUGGCAAGAUUGGUGCCCCCCCCCCCAACCCCAUGGUAUCAAUGGGGUGUGUGGAGGGGGGGGGCUGCUUGCAUGCGCUUCUGCAGCACCGCAGUGGGGCCGGCGCAUGCCCCCUCCAUAGGGAGAUGCCAUAGGACCCCCCCCCGGACCCCCCCCCCCCCAACUCAGAGCUGGGUGGUUGGGGGGGGGGUGGGAGGGGAGGGGGGGCAUGUAGAGCUCUGUAAAUAAACCCGGAUGUGUGAUAACUUUAUACCGGCAUUUUUCUGUAUAUUUGCAAUAUUUUGGGUUCUUAGUAAUAAUAAAGGCAAAACAGACCCUG